AUGCCCAGAAAAUUCUUAGGUGAAAAAAUUGAAAGAGGUGUGGAUGUCGUUAGGCCUGCCUCAUUGACACUAACUUCCGAAGAUUUGGCCAACAUACCUGUUUUUCCAAGCAGUCCAGAGAGUGAUACCGAAGAUAAAGUGAAUUAUGAAGGAGAGAAAUCUAAGAGACUAUCUCGAAAAUUUGGCGGUACCAUAAAACUGAAACAAAGGUUAGAAUCUGUCCCUGAAUUAUUCCUUCAUGAUUUUGGGAAGAAAAAGAGAGUCCCACCGAGACAAAAGAAAAUAGAUGAGAAUAAGGCUAAAAGAUCCUUUACAAGAAAAGAGUUUCCAUUGAAUGCAGUCCCUGAAGAAGAAUCCGCAAAUAUUGAUAAGUUGCUUGCAAAUGAUUUGCAAAGCUUGCAACGCAAUCCACUUGUUCUACCAUUACAAAAUACCCCAAAAAAUUUGAUAACAGAUCAUAAGAUUAGUGUGGGUGCUCAAAAUGGGAAGAGUGAGAGUGAGAUUCUAUUCGAUGAAAUUCUCGCUGCAUAUUCAAAUGUUGAAUAUUCCAAGACAAAUAACAUGCUAACCUCAGAAAUAUAUAGGGUACUCGACCAUGUAGCAAAUGAGCAGAAGAAUAUGGUGAAGGUGAACGGUUUCAGUACUCCAAAGGUAAUUCAUUCCACCUUUGCUGACAAUACCGAUUAUUUAUCAUUAGAUAAAACACCAUUACUAGAGUGCUCUGGAUUAACCCCACUCAGAAAUGAAAUGCCCAGCCCAGAUUAUACUUCACCUUCCGAAAGGUGGAGUUCUGAUGGAGAUGAAUUUGAGAGUUUAAGUCGGAACUCUUUGACUUCGGGAGAUGAUGGAUACUAUACAGCUAAAGAUUCAAUAAAAUCAUCGCCUUCAUCAUAUAUCGAUGAUUUAGACAUUAAAAGUGCACUCCCAAUCGUAACAGAAAAUAAUUUAAGCUUUUGCACUCCAAGUAAUUGUAUUGAAAAGAGAAGAUUACACCAAUUGAUCAUCAAGCCAACGAUAUUUAGUAUAGACAAUUAUGAGUGGCCUGAUCAUGCUGAACUAAAAGAUAAUAACCAAUCUAGCGAUUCCUCAGGAGCAACUUUGGUACCUAUGGACUCCCUAAAGGUACUUCAAGAAAAAAUUGAUAAUAUUGAUAUAACGAGUUGCAGCAGUAGUAUUUACAGUGAAAUAUGA